AUGUCCUAUGUGAAAUACUGCAAACUAAGGCCGCGGGCAAACAGCAGGAUGCAUAAGCCCCAGACGUUCGUUGUGCACGACGAGGAAGACGCCGUCAGAUUCCCAUCACCCGAAUGCAAAGCGAGCAAAUCUCUUAUCUGCUCGACCUCCCCUACACCAAUACCAUCUAUGCUUUGUUUCUUCCACAUGACUACUGGUGGCAUCGACGAGUCGCUACCUCGACCUUCUCCCAGUCGAUUUGGUUCAUCAGAUCAUGCGUUGAAUGGCCUACUUGCGGCUUGGAUCCCUGGCGUCCAGUGGGUGACCAUCGUUGUCGUCAGAUGGCAUCUAGCGUCUUUCGAGCCUGAAACCCCUAAGAAACCGGGAGAAGCCAAUGCUUUGUCUAGCUAG